ACGCGAGCCGCCGCGAGAGACGGACCUGUGCCCGACAGUCCCGACAAAUAAAUAAUUUAAUAAUUUGUGUCGCUAACUGUGUAUGUUCAAAAACAACAUUUUAAAAAAUAUAGUUGUUUUAAUAUCGAACUUUUUCGGUAAGUUUUGUGAAAAUAUCCUCAAGGACAGUGUUGUAAAGAUUUGUUAGUUAAUUCCAAGUGUUUUUUGGUAACAAUUUCUGUUCGAUUCCGGGAUUGCUUUUGUGGAUUGAAAAGAUUAAUGUGCAUUUGCCUGUUCAAAUUAUCCUCGACUAAGACAUCCAUUUAUAUUGAAAGUCCCCCAAAGAUGACAUAAGCCUUACAAGAUGGCGCUGCGAAUGAAGAAAGACAUAAAGAAGGCUUCCUACUACGUGUGGUUCCUGGGUGCGCAGGAGUCGCGCGGGCUGCGAGGCGAGGAGUUCGCUAUACCUGCUAUUAGGAUAUUGGAGGAGAGGGCUCGAGAUUUGGAGCCUUUUAAAGUUACUCUGCAGGUAUCCCACAAAGGCCUGAAGAUAAUCCAGAAUGUGACAGCCAAAGGCAAACAGCAGACUAUCAAGCACUUCAUCCCUCACGGCAGCAUCACCAGCGCGGUGGUGCAGGCUGACGUAGUGGCGUGCGUGUUGUUGCUUUACAACCCGCUCACUGGCUGUCCCGUGCAUGUCCAUGCUUACAGAUGCGAUUCAGACCACACAGCAGAAAUGUUAUACACCCACUUACAAGCGUUAAUAGAGCGACCGGAAAACCAGAAGAAAUUCGCGGACAUCGAGCGAAAACUCCAGAUGAGGGGGGCGCUACCUUCGUCGAAGAAGCCCCCGGAUUCUUCGCUCGGGAGCGAAGUAUCCCGCGAAUCGGAUUCGGGGAGCAACGAAGAACGUUGUGUGGCUAAUUUGUAUGACAGUUUGGCUGCCGAGUUGAAACAAAAGUUGUCUACAGGUAAAAAAGGAUUAGGCAAGAGUCCAAUCCUGCUGCCACCUCGCGACUACGACACGGUCCACCGUCAGAAAGGCAACCUUUCUAACAUCGACACUCGUCGGUGCCUCAACCAGAACAUUGUGGGGGUGAAUGCGAGGCGUAAGCUCGAGUCUUCAGGAGGCAGCUCGGGGAUCGGCAGCGAUCUCGCGCCGUCGCCGGAGAGAAACGAGUAUAGGCCGCAUGAUAAUCAUAGUACUAGUGAGGAGGACUGGGCGGAGAGCACAGCGUACAUGAUGCACGAGGCAUUCGACGCGUCUCCCCCUCGCCGCGCGCCCUCCCCCCGCCGCGCCUCCCCCGCGCGCCGCGCCCUCUCCCCGCGACACUACGAGCGCUACCCCGACGACUUCGCCGAUCAGUUCCGAGACCAGCUCGCGCCCUUCCGCGACCACACCUUCGAGCGGAGGUUCCGACACGAGUCACUCGAACGCGUCAAACCAGAAAAGCCAGUAGAGAAGUUCCAGGACGACACAAUCAACUACAGGAGACGAUAUGUCGCUGAAACCAAACCAUCCAACAGAAGCAUCGACAGAGUCGAAGAUCGGAGGUUUGGCAAACUACAAAGGGGAGCCAGUGAAGGCAGCCUCAAAAUCGCUGAAGCGUCGCCAAAAGACAGAUUCAACGUCGCUAAAGAAAAGUUCAUGAAUCUUGAAAGGGAGAGGUUCAACAGGGAGCUGGAGGCGCACAUGGCGAUGCGGAGGAGCAUGCUGGAGCGGAACAGUCGCUCAACUUCUUCCCCCGAGGAAGAACGGAGGGACGAGCGGCAGGACCGACACAGAGAGGUGAGCUCCCGGCGAGAGCCCGAGCGCUCUCAUCGCGACGCGGAGCGCCACGCGCCCGAGCGCCGCAAGGACGAGCGCCUCGCCGAGCGCGAGCUGCCGCCCCGCGACCUCGAGCGACUCCCGCGCAUCGGCAGGAAGCGCGACGACGUCAAGCGGUACGAGUACGGCGCGGAGGACUACUUGAACAGGAUCGAGCCCAAGCCUCAUAGAGACGAGUUCGACAGCUACGACCGGAGAGGCAGGAGGGAGCUCGACCGGCGCAUCGAGGAGGACGAGAUCAUUGAGCCAGUGAUCGAAGAAAGAAGGAGAGGGGAUUGGAACGACAGGCAGCGAGCGUUCAGUCGCUCCCGGCUGUUGGACGACCAGCGCCAGUCGUACGUCGAGGGUGACAGAGAGAGGUACUAUGACCGGGACUACAGAGACUUCCGCGAGCUGGCUGAUCGUCAGCAGACGAAGUUCCGCCACAGCUACGCGGAGCCGAUCCCGCGCGGCCGCCUCGGCACCGUGCGACCCUACUGAAUGCCAUAGUAGAUACAUAGAUGAUUAUUUUGGAAUAUUAACACUGAACAACCAAAAACCACGUAUAUGUGAAGAUGGACGGCGCAAGCCUGGAUUGUUGACUAUACCUGAUUUAUUCGUUAUAUAUUAAUGGACGUGAAAGUAACAUACUUAUGAUUUUUGCUGACUUGUUCCCAAGUUUUGACAGAGGUAUGUUAUAUAGGAUGUAAUCACAUAAGUGCCUAUCAGAUAGUUUUUUUAUUGUAUUUAUAUAAAUACUCAUAAGUGCAGUAAAUGUCACAGAUAUUAUAUAUUAAUUUUUGUAAAUAUAAAUAAAUAAAGUACCUUUGUUAAUUUAUAGAUAGGACACAAAUUGGAGACAUUGUUAUUUUAUACAAUAUUGUUAUAAAAAAAAUGUUAUUUUAUCGAAGAAAAUAUCAACGAUUUAUUGUUUUUUGUCAUUGGACAGAAAAAAGUUAUAAAUUAGUCUUUUAUUCAAUUUAUUGUGAAAUGUUUCAAAAUUUAUGUUACAGUUUCGAAAAUUAUUUAGAUUUUUCAAUUUAGUUUUCGGGUCGUUUCAUUAAAAAUAUUAUAACUACUUAAAACAACCAACAAUAAAAUUGUGUGUUUUUCAACAUUAAAGAACACACCAACCACCAAUUUUUUUUUGCAAUUUUUGCACAUUUUUAUUUUCUUUAAAAUGAUUGUAAAAGAUUUUUUGAAGUUGCUGUUUCUUUUUAGUUCAGAAAAUGUAUUUUUUUUUUUUCAAUUAUAAAAAUGUAAAUCAAAUCUCUAUUCAGUCAUUUAAACAUCAUACAGUCAUAUUUUUUUUAUGAAACGACCUCCAUAUUUGUAAUUUAUUUGUAAGUUAAUAAUAAUAGAUUGUAAAUGAAUAUAUCAUGUUUUAUGAAAGAAUUUUCAACAAUAAAAAAAUUAAAUAUU